GUUAAAUGCACUUAGACGGCAAGGAAGUGGGGACUUACUCUAGUUAACGUAAAUCGUAUACCAUCGCUAGUCUUACGCGACUAGAAGCGACUAGACGGUCGGCUCUUGAAAGACGACAAUUCGCAACGAUCUGGGCGUUGUUUGGUUCAUCGUAAAAGUGAAAAAGCGAGAGAAAUAGAAAACGGCGGAAAAUACAAGGUUUUCGUUGGUGAAACGAUCAAAAGUGUGGGGAUUGGAUUUUUACGAUCUUUAAGUUGAUCGUGAGAAAAUGUCGGAAGAGAGUGAAAGACCAUCUAUUUCAUUGAGACUUCAAAAAUAUUUCAAGGAGGUUCCUUUCUUCUGUAAGAUCAUCGAACUUAUCUUAUGCAUCAUAUCACUUGGUCUAAUAGUCAACCCUUUUAAUGAGAUUCAUCGAGAAGACAUAGACCAUGUAGCUAUCGUCUACAUAUCUCUCUGCGGCUAUAUUUUGAUAAAUGCUAUCAUCAUCCUGUGUCAUUUACUCGGUGAUCGUAUACCAAAGAAAACGGUUAUAGCAUUUUCCGUAAUGGGGGCGGUACUUUGUCUUACAGCUGGCUUUAUCCUGAUUAGUGAUUGGACCGACUUCCCCAAAAAUUUGAUAUUCCAAUACGUCGAACAAUACAGCAAUCAGAUGAUCUCGAGUGGAAUUUUCGCUAUUAUUGCGGCAAUCGUUUUCGUAUGUGACAUAUAUUUCAUUAACAAGUACUAUUAAAAUCUUUACUGCUAACAAAAUGUGAAUCAAUGAGCAAAAAGUGAAAACAUUUUCAAACUUUCUUCUUUAUAUCUCGCAUUAAUUGAUCUACUGAUUUUUGUAAAUCAUGAUAAUAUUAUUAUCGCCAUGUGACGAAGUUAAUAUAGACAUAAAGAGAGAGAAAGAGAGAGAGAGAGAAAGAGAGAGAGAGAGAAAAUGUGUUUUAGAUCAAAAUCAAUAUUCUCAAGAAUUUAACGAUUGCGUUAUAGGACGAAACAAUUAUUCGAAUAAUUUCAUUUAGAGAUUUCAGAGAAACAAUUAGCUUUUAUAAUUUGCAAAAUGCGAACAUAUUUUCGAGAUGAACUGUACGUUAUCGAAGACAUUAUUACGAAAUAUUGGGAACAUGAAUGAUGAGAAUUUGUUAUCUAGUUCGAAUAAAGAAUCAACAUAAGCUAGAUAAAUCAACGAAAUAUUGCAACAACUUGUUCGAUGUAAAGUAGUGCGACAGUGAAACAAGUCGACGUGUAGUCAGACCGACAAAAGAUAACCACAACGAAUGGUUUAAGCUCACGUUAGCGCGUACCAUGAUCUAUUUUAUUAUAUAUAUAAGUAUAUACACAAUACAAAAACAAAGUUCAAAGUUAAAAUAAUUUGAUAUUAUAAGAAAUCGAUAAAUUGAAAUCAAAUAAUUUUUUUAUAGAAUCGUAGUAUUUCAUCAACAUAAAUAAAAAAAAUAGAAGCUCACGUUGAAAUAAUUUGACAUUGUGAAAAAAUAAUGAAAUAUCCAAAUCUUUCGGCUUGAAAUAGGAGGACUUUUCAAGUAUCGCAAUAUCCAACAAAUUAGGACGAAGUAAGCUAUUACUAACCUUUUGAUUAUAUUACUUUAAAAAUAGAAGAAAAAUUUUGUAAGAUUCCCUCGUCGGAUACUGCAACUUUGAAACUGAGAGCGAUUCUACGCUCUUAUCGAUCCAAACGUCGAAACAUGUCUUCCGCAAUAUACAUACUACGUCUAUAUAUCUUCGAAAAUAUAUACGUUCUUCCAAAUAGAAACGAGGUUUUUGUUUUUUUAUCAAAUCGAAAGUGUAGACCUCUGCAAAAGAUAGACAUUUAAAUUGUUAUUAAGUAUUAAUAACAAUACAUGAUACAUUUGUGAUGAAAAUUUGCUGAUAACUUUUGAUAAACGAUUGACUAUUUGUUAUCGUGCGAAACGUUGUCGAUGUACAUAGAGAUAAAUAUACGUGUGUAUACAUACAUACAUACAUACAUACAUAGAUGCGUACACAACAGGUAUAUCGUAUGAAGGUUAAGUGUCUAGAUGCAAUUACCAAACAAGUAAUACGAAACUCGGCCGCAGUCGAGUACAUUAAUAAAACAUAAUUAAAAUAAUAAUACAGCGACGUCUUCAAUCUCGAUAACGAACUUCGAUUCGAAUAUCGAUGUAAUAAUCAUGAUUUCGAUGACCGACGGGAAGAUUUUAAAUUUUUCGACGAAAUAUGAUUUUAAAAGGAAGAUUUUUGAAACGUCUAAUAAAGUAUAAUUUUCAGCCGCUUAAACAGAAUAGUUUCUUAUUUAAAAAAAAAAAAAAAAAAAGAAACCGGAUCGACCUAUUAUUGUUAAUAUAAUUUUCAUCGAUAGAUGACGCAAUUGUAUUUUUCGAACGUUCGAGAGAUACUUUAUGACGAUUUAACAUUUGGAAGAUGUAAGAAGAAAAAAGAAAAAAAAAAAAAAAAAAAAAAAAAAGAAAAAAAAAAGAAAA